UUAUGUUACAGUUUGACUCAAGACGAAAUCGGUUGAGCUUUGAAUAUCGUGUCAACUUAAACCGCGAGUAUUAGAGUUGCAACAUUUUUAUAAAGUUUUGCUUUUUUUUACUACGUAUAUAUAUAUAUAUUUUUUUAUUUAUUACAUAUUUUGAUCAUAUCAAACGUAAACAAAAGAAAAAACAAAAACACGAUGGUCGCUUUAAAAAUCUCUAUCUUCGUUUUAUCGUUGGUUCUCUUUGAAGUUACUAAUGGCCAUCCAAUCAGAAUUGCGGAUUACAAAGAAAAUGACUCAAAUAUCGAAAUGUUGCUAUCUAACAGAGAAAAUGAAAGAUCGCACUUACUAUUGAAACGUCUAAAACGCGUGUCUGAUCAAAGAUUGGCGGAACUUGAGACACUUUAUGCCCUUAAUAAAAUAAAUACCCUAACUUCGACUGGCCGACCUAUUUACAUAAAAAUAAAUCCGACGAUGAUAGGACGACGAAGACGAAAUAUUCGGAAGAAUCUCUACGAAACACGAAGGAUCCGUCGACGUACAAGCGAAUCGAUCAACGAUGAAAUCCUUAUUAGAUGAUUUCAUUCUAUAAUUGAAGGACACUGAGAGAAAUCGAGGAAAGACACUCCUCGAGAGAGUAAAAGGGAUAUAUUUUUUUAUAGAAUCGUUUUUUAUAGAAAAGCGAUCUAUAAUUAUCUAACAAGCGGUAUUAAAUUUGGGACUCCUCCGUUAAGGAUCGAAGGGACACUUUUUUUUAUAUAAUUCUUAUAAAAAAAGGAUGUUUUACUAAUUUAUUUAUUAUCUACGAACUAAUAUUCAUCCAAUAAUCAUCUCACUUCUACUCCAUCCGCCCCCCUCUUCUACAGUAUUUAUAAUAAAUAAUAUCAUUAAGCAAUACGAGAAAAAAGUCGUAAAACAAGCAGAUUUUUCGACAAGAUUUUGAACAUAAGGAAAUGUAAAUAAAAUUGAAAUGUAAAUAAAAGAACUUAAUGUAAUGAUA